AUGCCAUUCUCUGGCGAGGCGAAGGCGGUCAACGGAUCGCACUCGGUCGACGAGGCGCCGAAGAACCCCAAGUACGACCAUGGGCGGGUCGUAAAGUACCUCGGCGGCAACUCGCUCGAAUCUGCGCCCCCUUCCAAGGUCGCCGACUGGGUCAGGGAGCGUGGUGGACACACCGUCAUCACAAAGAUCCUCAUCGCCAACAAUGGUAUCGCCGCAGUCAAGGAGAUCCGCUCGGUGCGCAAGUGGGCGUACGAGACGUUCGGAAGCGAGCGCGCGAUCGAGUUUACCGUCAUGGCGACCCCGGAGGACCUCAAGGUCAACGCAGACUACAUCCGCAUGGCCGAUCAGUACGUCGAGGUUCCCGGUGGAACCAACAACAACAACUACGCCAACGUCGAUGUCAUCGUCGAUGUUGCCGAGCGCGCAGGCGUCCACGCCGUCUGGGCAGGAUGGGGCCACGCCUCCGAGAACCCCCGCCUUCCCGAGUCGCUCGCCGCCUCGAAGCACAAGAUCGUCUUCAUCGGUCCUCCCGGCUCCGCCAUGCGCUCGCUCGGAGACAAGAUCUCGUCGACCAUCGUCGCGCAGCACGCCCAGGUUCCGUGCAUGGACUGGUCCGGCCAGGGCGUCGACCAAGUCACCCAGUCGCCCGAGGGCUACGUUACUGUCGCCGACGACGUCUACCAGCAGGCCUGUGUGCACGACGCCGACGAGGGUCUCGCCCGCGCGUCGAGGAUCGGAUACCCCGUCAUGAUCAAGGCGUCCGAGGGAGGAGGAGGAAAGGGUAUUCGCAAGGUCGAGAAGGAGCAGGACUUUAAGCAGGCCUUCCAGGCUGUCCUCACCGAGGUUCCCGGCUCGCCCGUCUUUAUCAUGAAGCUCGCCGGCGCAGCUCGCCACCUCGAGGUCCAGGUUCUCGCCGACCAGUACGGCAACGCCAUCUCGCUCUUCGGCCGUGACUGCUCGGUUCAGCGUCGCCACCAGAAGAUCAUCGAAGAGGCGCCCGUCACCAUCGCCAAGCCCGACACGUUCGAGCAGAUGGAAAAGUCGGCCGUCCGCCUUGCCAAGCUCGUCGGCUACGUCUCGGCGGGUACCGUCGAGUUCCUCUACUCGGCUGCCGACGACAAGUUUGCCUUCCUCGAGCUCAACCCGCGUCUCCAGGUCGAGCACCCGACCACCGAGAUGGUUUCGGGCGUCAACCUUCCCGCCGCCCAGCUCCAGGUCGCUAUGGGUGUUCCCCUCCAUCGCAUCCGCGACAUCCGCACGCUCUACGGCAAGGCACCCAACGGCAGCAGCGAGAUCGAUUUCGACUUCGAGAACCCCGAGUCGGCCAAGACGCAGCGCAAGCCCUCGCCGAAGGGUCACGUCGUUGCCGUACGUAUCACGGCUGAGAACCCUGACGCCGGCUUCAAGCCGUCCAUGGGUACUCUCCAAGAGCUCAACUUCCGCUCGAGCACGAACGUCUGGGGUUACUUCUCCGUCGGCAGCGCCGGUGGACUGCACGAGUUUGCCGACUCGCAGUUCGGCCACAUCUUUGCGUACGGCUCGGACCGUUCCGAGUCGCGCAAGAACAUGGUCGUCGCGCUCAAGGAGCUCUCGAUUCGCGGUGACUUCCGCACGACCGUCGAGUACCUCAUCAAGCUUCUCGAGACGGACGCGUUCGAGCAGAACACGAUCACGACCGCGUGGCUCGACAGCCUCAUCUCGGCUCGCCUGACCGCCGAGAGGCCCGACACGACUCUCGCCAUCAUCUGCGGCGCCGUUACCAAGGCCCACCUCGCUUCCGAGGCCAACAUCGCCGAGUACAAGCGCAUCCUCGAGAAGGGUCAGAGCCCCGCCAAGGAGCUCCUCGCCACCGUCGUCCCGCUCGAGUUCGUCCUCGAGGACGUCAAGUACCGCGCGACCGCCUCGCGCUCGUCGCCUUCGAGCUGGUCCAUCUACGUCAACGGCUCGAACGUCUCCGUCGGCAUCCGCCCUCUCGCCGACGGCGGUCUCCUCAUCCUCCUUGACGGCCGCUCGUACACCUGCUACGCCAAGGAGGAGGUCGGCGCGCUCCGCCUCUCGAUCGACUCGAGGACCGUCCUCAUUGCUCAGGAGAACGACCCCACCCAGCUUCGCUCGCCUUCACCCGGCAAGCUCGUCCGCUACUUCAUCGAGUCCGGCGAGCACAUCUCGAAGGGCGAGGCGUACGCUGAGAUCGAGGUCAUGAAGAUGAUCAUGCCCCUCAUCGCUGCCGAGGACGGUAUCGCGCAAUUCAUCAAGCAGCCGGGAGCGACGCUCGAGGCCGGCGACAUCCUCGGUAUCUUGUCGCUCGACGACCCGAGCCGCGUCCACCACGCCAAGCCGUUCGAUGGCCAGCUUCCCGCCCUUGGCUUGCCCUCCAUCGUCGGCAACAAGCCGCACCAGCGCUUCGCCUACCUCAAAGACGUGCUCUCAAACAUCCUCAUGGGCUACGACAACCAGGCCGUCAUGCAGUCGAGCAUCAAGGAGCUCAUCUCGGUUCUUCGCAACCCCGAGCUCCCCUACGGCGAGGCCAACGCUGUCCUCUCGACGCUUUCGGGUCGCAUCCCCGCCAAGCUCGAGCAGACCCUCCGCCAGUACAUCGACCAGGCUCACGAGUCUGGCGCCGAGUUCCCGUCCGCCAAGUGCCGCAAGGCGAUCGACACGACCCUUGAGCAGCUCCGCCCCGCCGAGGCGCAGACUGUCCGCAACUUCCUCGUCGCGUUCGACGACAUCGUCUACCGCUACCGCUCGGGCCUCAAGCACCACGAGUGGUCAACGCUCGCCGGCAUCUUUGCCGCGUACGCCGAGACGGAGAAGCCGUUCAGCGGCAAGGACGGCGACGUCGUCCUCGAGCUCCGCGACGCCCACCGCGACUCGCUCGACUCGGUCGUCAAGAUCGUUCUCUCGCACUACAAGGCUGCCUCGAAGAACUCGCUUGUCCUUGCGCUCCUCGACAUCGUCAAGGACUCGGACGCGGUUCCGCUCAUCGAGCAGGUCGUCAGCCCUGCGCUCAAGGACCUCGCCGACCUCGACUCGAAGGCCACGACUAAGGUCGCCCUGAAGGCCCGCGAGGUGCUCAUCCACAUCCAGCUCCCCUCGCUCGACGAGCGCCUCGGACAGCUCGAGCAGAUUCUCAAGGCCUCGGUGACGCCCACCGUUUACGGCGAGCCCGGCCACGACCGCACUCCUCGCGGUGAAGUCCUUAAGGACGUCAUCGACUCGCGCUUCACCGUCUUUGACGUUCUCCCGAGCUUCUUCCAGCACCAGGACCACUGGGUCUCGCUCGCCGCGCUCGACACCUACGUCCGCCGCGCCUACCGCUCGUACAACCUCCUCAACAUCGAGCACAUCGAGGCCGAUGCCGCCGAGGACGAGCCCGCGACGGUUGCCUGGUCGUUCCGCAUGCGCAAGGCUGCGUCCGAGUCUGAGCCGCCCACGCCCACGACCGGCCUCACGUCGCAGCGCACCGCCUCGUACUCGGACUUGACGUUCCUCCUCAACAACGCCCAGUCCGAGCCGAUCCGCUACGGCGCGAUGUUCUCGGUCCGCUCGCUCGACCGCUUCCGCCAGGAGCUCGGUACCGUCCUCCGACACUUCCCCGACUCGAACAAGGGCAAGCUCCAGCAGCAGCCUGCCGCGUCGUCGAGCCAGGAGCAGUGGAACGUCAUCAACGUCGCGCUCACGGUCCCCGCCAGCGCGCAGGUCGACGAGGACGCUCUCCGCGCCGACUUUGCCGCUCACGUGAACGCGAUGAGCGCCGAGAUCGACGCUCGCGGCAUGCGCCGCCUCACCCUCCUCAUCUGCCGCGAGGGCCAGUACCCGUCCUACUACACCGUCCGCAAGCAGGACGGCACCUGGAAGGAGCUCGAGACGAUCCGCGACAUCGAGCCCGCCCUCGCCUUCCAGCUCGAGUUGGGCCGCCUCUCCAACUUCCACCUCGAGCCGUGCCCCGUUGAGAACCGCCAGGUCCACGUCUACUACGCGACCGCCAAGGGCAACUCGUCCGACUGCCGCUUCUUCGUCCGCGCACUCGUCCGCCCUGGCCGUCUCCGCGGUAACAUGAAGACGGCCGACUACCUCGUCUCCGAGGCUGACCGCCUCGUCACCGAUGUCCUCGACUCGCUCGAGGUCGCCAGCUCGCAGCGCCGCGCUGCCGACGGCAACCACAUCUCGCUCAACUUCCUGUACUCUCUCCGUCUCGACUUUGACGAGGUCCAGGCUGCCCUCGCCGGCUUCAUCGACCGCCACGGCAAGCGCUUCUGGCGUCUCCGCGUCACCGGCGCCGAGAUCCGCAUCGUCCUCGAGGACGCGCAGGGCAACAUUCAGCCCAUCCGCGCCAUCAUCGAGAACGUCUCGGGUUUCGUCGUCAAGUACGAGGCGUACCGCGAGGUCACGACCGACAAGGGCCAGGUCAUCCUCAAGUCGAUCGGUCCGCAGGGCGCGUUGCACCUUCAGCCGGUCAACUUCCCCUACCCGACCAAGGAGUGGCUUCAGCCGAAGCGCUACAAGGCCCACGUCGUCGGCACGACGUACGUCUACGACUUCCCCGACCUUUUCCGCCAGGCAAUCCGCAAGCAGUGGAAGGCGGCCGGCAAGACUGCGCCCGCCGAGCUCCUCGUCGCCAAGGAGCUCGUCCUCGACGAGUUCGGCAAGCCUCAGGAGGUCGCCCGCCCGCCUGGCACCAACAAUAUCGGCAUGGUCGGCUGGAUCUACACGAUCUUCACGCCCGAAUACCCCUCUGGCCGCCGCGUCGUCGUCAUCGCGAACGACAUCACGUUCAAGAUUGGUUCGUUCGGCCCGGAGGAGGACCGCUACUUCUUCGCCGUCACGCAGCUCGCGCGCCAACUUGGCUUGCCGCGCGUCUACCUCUCGGCCAACUCGGGUGCUCGUCUCGGCAUUGCCGAGGAGCUCGUCGACUUGUUCAGCGUCGCGUGGGUCGACAGCUCGCGGCCGGAGAAGGGCUUCAAGUACCUCUACCUAACCGCCGAGAAGCUCGGCGAGCUCAAGAACAAGGGCGAGAAGAGCGUCAUCACGAAGCGCAUCGAGGACGAGGGCGAGACGCGCUACCAGAUCACCGACAUCAUCGGCUUGCAGGAGGGUCUCGGUGUCGAGUCGCUCAAGGGCUCUGGCCUCAUCGCCGGUGAGACGUCGCGCGCGUACGACGACAUCUUCACGAUCACGCUCGUCACCGCCCGCUCGGUCGGUAUCGGUGCGUACCUCGUCCGCCUCGGCCAGCGUGCCGUCCAGGUCGAGGGCCAGCCGAUCAUCCUCACCGGUGCCGGCGCGCUCAACAAGGUCCUCGGUCGCGAGGUGUACUCGUCCAACUUGCAGCUCGGCGGCACGCAGAUCAUGUACAAGAACGGUGUCUCGCACUUGACGGCCGCCAACGACCUCGAGGGUGUCCUCAGCAUCGUCCAGUGGCUCGCCUUCGUCCCCGAGCACCGCGGCGCGCCUCUCCCGAUCAUGCCUUCGCCCGUCGACCCGUGGGACCGCUCGAUCGACUACACGCCCAUCAAGGGCGCGUACGACCCGCGCUGGUUCCUCGCCGGCAAGACGGACGAGGCCGACGGUCGCUGGCUCUCUGGCUUCUUCGACAAGGGCUCGUUCCAGGAGACGCUCUCGGGCUGGGCGCAGACCGUCGUCGUCGGUCGCGCUCGCCUCGGCGGCAUCCCCAUGGGCGCCAUCGCGGUCGAGACCCGCACCAUCGAGCGCGUCGUGCCCGCCGACCCUGCCAACCCUCUCUCGAACGAGCAGAAGAUCAUGGAGGCCGGUCAGGUCUGGUAUCCCAACAGCUCGUUCAAGACGGGACAGGCGAUCUUCGACUUCAACCGCGAGGGUCUCCCGCUCAUCAUCUUCGCCAACUGGCGCGGCUUCUCGGGCGGCCAGCAGGACAUGUUCGACGAGGUCCUCAAGCGCGGUUCGCUCAUUGUCGACGGUCUCUCGGCGUACAAGCAGCCCGUCUUCGUCUACAUCGUCCCGAACGGCGAACUUCGCGGCGGUGCUUGGGUCGUCCUCGACCCGUCGAUCAACGCCGAGGGCAUGAUGGAGAUGUACGUCGACGAGACUGCUCGCGCCGGUGUCCUCGAGCCCGAGGGCAUCGUCGAGAUCAAGCUCCGCAAGGACAAGCUCCUCGCCCUCAUGGACCGCCUCGACCCGACCUACCACGCCCUCCGCGUCAAGUCGACCGACGCUUCGCUCUCGCCCGCCGACGCCGCGCAGGCCAAGACCGAGCUCGCCGCGCGCGAGAAGCAGCUCAUGCCGAUCUACCAGCAGGUCGCGCUCCAGUUCGCCGACUCGCACGACAAGGCCGGCCGCAUCCUCAGCAAGGGCUGCGCGCGCGAGGCCCUCGAGUGGUCGAACGCUCGUCGCUACUUCUACGCCCGCCUCCGCCGCCGUCUCGCCGAGGAGGCCGCCGUCAAGCGUCUCGGCGACGCCGACCCGACCCUCUCGCGCGACGAGCGCCUCGCCAUCGUCCACGACGCCGUCGGCCAGGGUGUCGACCUCAACAACGACCUCGCUGCUGCCGCCGCGUUCGAGCAGGGCGCCGCCGCCAUCACCGAGCGCGUCAAGCUCGCGCGCGCGACGACCGUCGCCUCGACUCUCGCGCAGCUCGCGCAGGACGACAAGGAGGCUUUCGCCGCCUCGCUCCAGCAGGUCCUCGGCGACAAGCUCACCGCCGCCGACCUCGCCCGCAUCCUCGCCUAG